CACCCAGUGCUCUGCUCAUGGCAGCUGUGGCUCGAGCUAGCUGUGGCCGGUCAGCUUAUGAUAUGAAUGAAUGGUGGCUGUUGUAAGGUUCUACUCUAAAUGGCACUGUCGACAAUUAUCAAAACUCUGGUGUGGAUUGUUGCCGGGGGCGUUCUAUUGAUCGUUUGUUACAUUCUCAGUCAAUUUAACUUUGGACCACCCCCCCUCUGUAAUACUGGGCAAGGGGCGAAUAAUCUCAAUACAGAAUUUCAGUCAAAUUUGGCCCAAUUUCAAGACAUUUUGCCACAAAAGGGCAGACCACAAUUAAACUACGUGGAGUUUUUACCAUCAAAGUUUGUGAAUGUCCGAGCUGCUUACAUUGACGAUAGGCCGAGGGAGAGUCAUCGAAAUGCCACUGUUCUAUUGGCCAAUAUUUGGAAGAAUAUAACUGAUAAUAAUCUAAUUGUAGGCUGUCAAAUUGGAAACGUGAAAACUAGUAAUUUCAAAGUCAAGGUUAUUGGAGAAACACCACUAUGGAGGGCAUAUCCUGUCUACAACAAAAUCAACCACGAGGAAGUUUUAAUAGAUUGUUUUGAUGUCCCCUCACAAAACGGAGACCAAGCUUUUCUGUAUUACAAAACCAGUGACAAGUCGGAAAUCGAAGUGGCUGUUUCAGAGCGAUUUGUACGACGACCUGACCCACACGUUUCACCCACAUCCCCCAAGGGUCUAGAGUACAACUUCACCGUGGUCACAUGCACUAAAGUGUUUGGCGGGAACUCCCCGUGGUUUGUGGAAUGGAUAAAGUAUCAGAAACGUCUCGGAAUCGACCACGUACAUAUCGACGUUGAUAACUACUUCUUUAUAGAACUUGAUAAACAGAAAAUGGAUUUUGUUUUAGCAGAAAUAAAAAGUGGAUUUUUAUCGCUCGACCCCUGGGUCCUGUGGCUUGCUAACGGCAAAGAAGUGUGGUACCAUAAUCAAGGAUUGAUUCUCGAAGAUUGCGGAUAUCGAUUUCGAGGGACGUAUGAUUUCAUGUUUGUACUGGACACGGAUGACUUCUUCGUACCAAGGGUCCCAGAUCAAGAUACUGUUCAUUACUAUAUUUACAAAUAUUUCAAAAGCAAUAUCGGCUCUUGUAAAAUGAUGUGGGUCGAAUACUUCCCAGACAAAUACAUUAAAAACACCGACAUUCCAAAUCUACAGGAUGGUAACGUGACAAGCUUACUAUCCAAUUACACGCACGUUGUCCAGGGCAACCCGAAGUCAGUGCACAGAACUAUUGCUCUAGUUGACACCGCCACACACUAUGCCUUCAAAAUGACAGAUGGCUACAGUGGAGCAGUGUUUCAAAUCACUGAUGCGUAUGUGGCUCAUGUUAGGAAGAACAGACAACCUUCGUUUCACAAGAACCUUGUUUAUAGUCCACCUUAGUCUCUGUGUAUCUCUCUAGCAUUUUUACUUUCAUAUUUACGACCGUUACAUGUAUAUAUUAUCUACAUGUAUUAUGUUCACCAUGAAUUAUUAUUAUGUGUGUAUUUUGAUAAUCAUUAUUACAUAAAUUGUGGUUUUCAAAUAGAUUGCUGACUUGACACAUUCUUGUGAGCAGCAGUUUUUUAUUGAUAAACAAGCUAAAUACAAGCUCAGUAUAAUUUUAUAGUACGAGAGCAACCGAAUCGAAGUUCUGCUAUAAAUGCUGUGCCGAGGUGUCAUCAAACGUAGACUCUAAAUGGCAGCUCUCUCUCUGUAGGUAUGAAGUCCAAGUCUAAACAAAACGUAAUGAUGUUGAGGUCCUCCCAAAACAAACUGAUACUACUGCUUGCCCUGGGGGUGAUAGUUAUAUUGAUAGCUCUCAGUCGUCACGUUGGGCGGACCACCCCCUCCCCUAGAAACACGGAUCCCUAUACGUCAAUACCGUCCACACAACAAUCAACACACAGCGAAACAUCAACAUUCAGUACCGCAUCCCCUUCCCCUCCGCAAAACGUGACCACUCAAGUGUUACCUACUUUCUACCCGUCAAAAGAACUCUUUGUACGCGCUAUUUAUUUCGACAGUCGAGCUAAAAAAUAUCAACAACAUCGAAACUCUUCCGUUUUCCUCAUUGUUGUCAAAAAAUCAAUUACUGAUCGUAAACUGAUUGUCGGUUGUCAGAUAGACAACAAAAUUGCUCGAGAUUUCGAAGUUCGCUUAAUUGGUGAAACUCCACUCUGGCGACACUUCUAUCCGAAAAUUAAUCAUGAAGAAGCGUUCGUAGAAUGUUUUGACAUGCCUGCAAAAAACGGGAGCAAUGGUUACAUUCAUUUUAAACGAGAUGAGAAUUCUCCGAUUGAAAUAGCAGCUUCUGAGCGACCCCUCCUCAUACUUCAACGUAAAGUUAAACCCUUGACCCCCGAGGCUAAGAAGUAUGGUUUCACUAUUGCAGCCUGUGCAAAAAUAUUUGGAAGUAGACCACCGUGGCUGGAAGAAUGGUUGCUCUAUCAACGUGCUCUCGGGGUACAACAUGUACAUCUAGAUGCUGAAGACUCUUUUAAGCUUGCUGGUGGUCUUGAUAAACCCUUUAUAAAGAAAGCUAUGCAGGAGGGAUUUCUGAGUGUGGAUGUUUGGAACAAGUAUCUCGCCCCCAACGAACUGUGGUACCACAACCAAGGACUUAUAUAUGAAGACUGCGUGUACAGACUACAAGGUGUAUAUGAUUACCUCAUUUUAAUAGACACGGAUGAUUUCCUAACACCAAGGAUACCGACAGAAAAACAACUGUAUUACUAUAUCAACAAAUAUUGCCGCGGUGAAAAUAUUGGCUCGUGUAUGUUCAAAUGGAUUGAGUAUUACCCGGACCAGUUUGGAUUAAACAAAUCGAUACCGAUACCAGAUGGCAACCUCACUAGCCAACUCAAGAACUAUUCUCACUUCAUUCAGGGUAAUCCGAAGUCUCUGCAUAAAGCUAAUGUGAUCAUUGACGCAGCUACGCAUUACGCUUACAAAAUGCUCAAGGGCUACAAAGUCAACCAAGUUUCGCUCGAUGUCAUGUAUGCUGCUCAUAUUCGAAAGGGAAACAAGAUGAUGACUGGAGAAGCGCUGCAUAUUGGACCACCACAUGCGAAUGGGUCAUGGGAACACAC